GUUGAAAUCGUUCUGUGUCCACUGCCGCAUAGCAUCUCCCGUCAGAUCGCUCCGGUCAAUACAUCAAGAUGCCUUCCCGUCUUCACAAGAACAGAAAGAAGCGUGGUCACGUGUCCGCUGGUCACGGUCGUGUUGGGAAGCACCGCAAGCACCCCGGAGGUCGCGGUCUUGCUGGUGGUCAGCACCACCACCGUAUCAACAUGGACAUGUUCCACCCUGGGUACUUCGGAAAGGUCGGUAUGCGUCACUUCCAUUUGACCCGCCAAAGUCAAUGGGCACCUGUGGUCAACGUCGAUAAGCUCUGGACCUUGGUCUCUGAUGAGGCUCGUGAGAAGGCUGCUGCCAACCCCACUGGCCCUGUUCCCGUCAUUGACGUUCUUCGUCACGGUUACUCUAAGGUUCUUGGAAAGGGUCGCCUCCCUGAAGUACCCUUCAUUGUGAAAGCUCGUUUCGUGAGCAGGAAGGCUGAGGAGAAGAUUGUUGCGGCUGGUGGCAAGGUUGAACUUGUUGCUUAAAUGCGUUCUCCAUCGUCAAAAUAUAUACAUAAUAAAACCAGCUUGCUUUAUGUGUCACGUCAAACCAUCU